ACAGUGAAGAACAAUUAUCAUGUUGCAGGACGAAUGCCACACAGGCACAAGUCAUCACCAAGGAAGAGGCCAGGAGAAGAUGAUAUUAUAGAUCUGUGUUUCUUCGACAAAGCCACCAGUGUAUCGUUUCUGGCAAAGUCCGAGACGGCGGCUUCGACAUUGUGGAGCAGCAAAGCCAUGAUUGAGAGUGUAGAAGAAGUGUGUAGGGACAUCGCGUGGGGAGAAAAGAGAGAGGUUGGGAGAAUAGGGUUGGUGAUGCAAGAUCAUAUUUGCAGGGACUUGAUUGAAGACAUUGUUACAGAGCUGAGAUGUUGUUGCAUCUAUUCACUUCCCUUUGAGGCAUGUAAGAGAAGAUUGUUGUUCUAG